AUGUUGCACAGCAGGUCAGGUGGCAAUGACGUAACAACCGCAAUAAGAAAGUUUCAGAAAUUUUUUGGUCUCCCUGUGACAGGAAAGCUUGACCAAGCCACCAUGAAGGAGAUGAGCAAACCGCGAUGCGGACUCCCGGAUGUUGUUAGUAAAGAUGAAGGAAAGCGCAUGAAAAGAUUUUCUACAUGGGGAAAGUGGAGGAAAACGGAUCUAAAGUACUAUGUGUCUUAUGGCGCGGAUCUGCCCUCCAGCACUCAAGAUAGAAUCUUUGCAAAUGCUUUCACAUUUUGGAGUGACGCGGCACCAAAACUGCGAUUCGAGAGAGUAUACAGGCUCAAAGACGCAGACCUGCGUAUCAGGUUUUGUCUCCCUUCUAUCACUGGUAGAUUGAUAUCUUACGAGAAAUUUCGCGUCAAUACAGACGUUUUACAUACAAACUUGCCUUAAGAGUUAUUGAAAAAUUCUUUUUACGCAUACGAAUCGAGCUUCUCGCUCAAUUGUCGGUGCAUCACUUUGGGAAAAAAGCCAAAAUCGGAUUUGGAAUGUAAAGAGUAAAGAAUAGGCCUUCCAAACUGUAAUACAUCAAGCUCCUAAAUGCAGAAGUUUAGGAUUUAAAUUCCGUUUUUUUAUUUGCGCGUAGAUCCAAAACGUAAGCCUUUUUGGCAGGAAAUUAACACGCAUAUAUGACAUCUCACCAGCUCGCGCCAAUACUGCUGACAUGGUAUAAAAUCCAUUCUGAAUUUUAGUUUCUUUCGUCUUUAAGAGUCAAACGGAUCUGAGUACGAUAAUCCAAUCUUGAAUUUUCGAGAAGUAUCCAGCCCAUUGAAAGAUCAACUGAGAAUCGUUGCAAUCGACAUUUAUUUUUUGUUAUAUUACUUUUAUCACAACGUUUUACAAUUUUUAUUGAUUGAUUGAUUGAUUUAUUGAUUGAUUUGACUGAUUGAUUGUUUGAUUGAUUAAAGCUUUGGAAGGCGAGAGCACCAAGGUCCCGGAGAGAGUCGCUGUUAUUAUGCCUUUGACGGCAAAAUUGGCUUGUUCGGUGGAAGUGUGCUCGCCCAUGCCUUCUACCCUUCCGAUGGUCGAAUCCAUUUCGAUGAAGAUGAGAAGUAUACGGAGACCGGUUCAUUUUGGGGUUUUUCUCAAAGUCUGGCUGAUGUGGCUACUCAUGAGAUUGGUCACGCGUUAGGGUUACGACACUCAACUGUGAAAGGCUCUGUAAUGUGGCCAAUAGCAAAACACGGUGAACCCGAAAUACAUGAAGAUGAUAUUAAAGGCAUAAGGUCAUUGUAUGGUUAAUGUGAGUGUCUAUCUAUGGUCUUACAUGUAGAAAACAGUUUAUGUUUGAGUGCUAGAAGCGCUGAAAUGAUACACGCAUCACACUGUAUUUUUGGCUUGAUCGAAAUAGCUUGCAAACUUCUAAUCGCUCAUUUUUUUUCUUUCAAUUUUUUUUUUUCGGAUAGCUUAGGAUUCCCAAAAUUCUUUGUGAAACAGAAUUAAAAUCACAAGUCAUUUCAUCAAAAAAAAAAACAUAUGUCAUCGUUAGAGCCUCGAGUACGAACGUCAACAUUUAUUGCUGAUUAUCCUAGCGUAUCCAAUGGAAUCACUUCUUAUAAUUUUCCUUUCGUUUUUUCUUUCCUUUUUUUUUCUUCCUCUACUUCUUUUUUUUGUAGGUUGUAGCGGCCAGUGGCUCGAAACAGCUUUUCAACACCCAGCCUAGUCUCAAGAUAACUGUUGACUGAGAGUUUGAAAAUAAAAUCGUUUGAAAUGGAAAAGAUAUUGGCGUGAAUAAUUACUGGAAUACAAGCUACAGUGAUAUGUCUAUCACUACCUACCUUUUUCAUCCAAUUCGAUGUAGCAAGGUGUGUCGUCACAGUCCGUUAGAGUGUCUCAAAAGGCCAGACUGUCAACUUUGAGCUACUAACUUCAAAAACGGUUGUGACUGGAAUGGAUACCCCAAAGUCAGAUUGUCACCCUCACUCAAAAUACAGGAUAGGAGUCUUAUAACUUAACGUGGUAAAUAUAUAAGAGAAGAAAGAAAACAGAAGAAAACAGUAGGUAGUAUGUGGGACUUCAACUCGCGUCAUUUUAUGUAUCCACUACAACAUCAAGGGUUAACUGCCGAGACCGUUUAAUUUUAGCGUAUUUUACAUGGCGUUGAUCAUUACAUUAUUGUAAGCUAACCGUUUUUAAAACGGUGCUUGACGCUAAUCACUGUACUUCAGAGGUAAACCCUGUAUUCACCACUUUUCCUUGCAUAACUGUCUCUUACUCUGAUUUCCCCACUUUUUUUAAAGUUCUCGUGUCCAGUAAAUUCGCCUAAAUAUAGUAUAGCGUGGUUUAGUGUAAUAAACAUAAGGUGUCCAACCGAAUUUUGAGGUAUCCAUUCUAGUCACAACCCUUCACAACACCUAUCUAGGCUGAGAUUCCCUACCAAUCAAAUAUGACUGUAAUCAUUUGGAACUCCCUGGUAGUUGUUUAGUGAGUGUACCGACUAGCUCUUUAAAGGUCUUCAAAUUUAAAACCUUAUGAUUGGAACAAAAAUGUUUUUUAUUACACUGACACCCUCAUUCUAGAACGCUGAACUCGUUCUGCAGCAUUCGUACAUUCGAAAUACUAUACCACGUUUUACGGAAUGUGCCGCAACCCGUUCAGCAGCGUUCGAGAGUACUAAAUUUUUGCUGUUUUGUUUUUUAUGUGAUUUUACUAGCUUCACUUAGGAAACAAAAAAAUAAAGCAAAAACAUGUAACGCACUUAUAAUAAAUUAGUAAGCACGAUCAAGGGAAGAAAAAAAAGAAAAGAGUUGCCAGGGUACAACAUCUUUAAGGUGAAUAUACAUAAUGUACAGGUAAAAAUGGAUAUUCUGCACAUACUUCGAACCCAGAAGUCUGUAGAAUGUUGGCUGUGGUGGCUGUAAGGAUACACAUUGUGUAAUGAUCUGGAUGGUGGGUCGUGUAAAAAUUUGUAGUUAAGCUAGCCACCCUCACAGACGUUCUUUUGAACGCGUGAAGAACUCCUGAACGUCUACGUGGAAGGCUUAAGUUAUACCUACAUUCAGGUUAUCGACCGUAGCUAAUAAACUGACUGGCGCUUGGAAACGGAGAAAAGGCCUAAAAGGGCUUGAAACCAGUUUUGCGUUUUUGGCACAAAAUUUCUGUUAAAGUGGAGACGUUUAUGCAAAAUAAACUGAAGAUGGGAAAUAACCUGAUCAUUGAUCACUGAUCAACAGAAGUAAAAAAGUGAGCCUUUUGUGUACUUGUCUAGCUAGAUCCCUGCAAGGGAUGUCGCCUAUUUUUGAUUUGAAAAAUAAUGCCUCCUGACGCUUGCGAGCCAACUUGCAGCCACUUUCUCUGUCUCUGUUUUAGGUUAUUUAUAUAUGUAAAAAAUUCACUGUAUCAGACUGUCUCGUCAAAUUUCCCGAUUAAUUCCUCAUAAUCAGCCGGUGCUAACCAUAUUUGGAAGAUGCAUACCAAUCGUUGAUCGAUUUGAUGUUAUAUUGCUAGCAGCCUCGUUUCCGGGCAAUUAUACAGCUUCGGUUUUGCAGAACUGUAGGACGGGACAGUCUAGCUCCUCGGUGGAUUGAAUCUUCCUUAAUCUCAAGAAUUCUUCACAUGAAGUGUGACAUGAACUGGCAUUUUGCCUCCCUGUUUAGUUAACUGGCAGAUAUACACAAUUCCUUCACUAAUUAUCUCCACUAAUUUUGAAAGAUAAAAAUAAUUCAAGACUGGAAAAGGUUUGGGACAAUGGCUUACUGAAUUUUCGGACAAAUUUUAGUCCGAGAUUAAGAGUGUGCAAAACUUUCGUGAUUGAUAUAUUACUUGUUAGUGUAGAGUGUAUUUAAAAAAUGCUUUGAAAAGGAUUUUGGAGAAAAAGUACUAGCGGGCAUCGGCCAAAGCCACGAGUUGUUCGAGGCGUCCGUGAUCUCUUUAACUAGAUAUUUGACUUAACAGAUAGGCGGUGCCCGAGGUCCAUCCGUGCUUCGGGUGCUAAUUAUUCGCUCUUGAAAUAUAUUUAAAAAGUAAUUAAAAUAUUCAUUUACAAAAAAUUGUAAGUGGAAAGUUUAAUCAACAUUGUAAAUCAUAACUAAUCCUGAACAAACACAAUAACAUGUGAAACAUCAAAAUGUCAUAAAAAAAUUACGUUAACUACUAGGGGUAAGGUAUUUGCCUAUGAGAAUGUGUCAUGUUAUUUUAGAUUAAGAUCUCGACUUUAAUAACUUUUCCUUCCACCGAAGAAAUUUUUCUUUUGUUUUUGUUCUUUUUUUUAGUAGUGGACAGCUGAGAAAAUUCAAGUUAUCCAGAUAGUGAAUGAACAUCGUGGCAGCAAAAUUCUCCUAGCUAUCAGUUUUGGUUGAACUUGAAACUGGUUAGCAUGUUUCGUUUAGCGGCUUUGAUUUUGCUGAUAGAUUUCCAUGCAGUUAUUUGCAAGACCGAGGCAGUUAGCGACGAUUUUGUCUUGGUAAGGGUUUUUGAGUCCACUACACCAUUAAAUUCUACACUGUUAUAAUCGGGACUUUUCUUAGGCGUGAUAUAGUCUAAAGGCGAUGACCAAUUAUUGCUUUGUUCAUUCAAGAAAAUAUAGAUUAAAAGAGAAAGUUUAAAAUUAGAAUUAGGCUUAACAAAUUGUUAGGUUGUCAAAUUAAACUUAGAGUUUGUGGUCGGCCAAUACCUCUAGAUGGUGAGGCGGUUUGCCUGAAGCAAGUAGACAUUUGAUACAACCAAUGAGAUUUUGAAUUUCCCUCUUGUACUUUUGUCACUAAGCUUAAUAGAAGAGUUGGACAAUAGUUCAGAUUUCACAAAGGCCUUCUCUACUUUUUCUCUUUCUGUCGCUAAUUGCUACUGAGGAGAGUUUCCCCCAAUGAAAACCGGAAAAGUUCAUUAAGCAUUAAAGGUGAAAGAAAAUGAAAAGGGUGAUGUCCUUAUAAAUAUCAGUUAUUUAGUAAAACUUAAUGUAUUUCUAUGUUAGCUUCAAGGGGUUUGAUGCAAGGUUGUUAUUGAGUGGUUAAUGAAUCGAACCAUUCAACCAAUUCCAAUCUUUUCUUCCUAGAACUAUCUCUCCAAAUUCGGCUACAUUUCACAUAGCAGGUCGGGCAAUAAUGACGCCACAGUCUCAGUAAAGAAGUUCCAGCAAUUCUUUGGCUUACCUGCGACCGGUGAAUUAGACGAGGAAACCGUUGAAAUGAUGAAGAAACCACGAUGUGGAAACCCAGACGCUGACGACAAUGGGUUACGCGUCAGGCGUUAUGAUGUAGGAUAUGGCAAGUGGGAAAAAUCACCACUGAAAUACCACCUGAGUUUUGGUGAAGAUCUGGCACAUGAUCUUCAAGCAAGAAUCUUCGCCAAUGCAUUCAGAAAGUGGAGCGAUGCGGCACCCAAGUUACGAUUUAUCAGAACAUUUAACCGUGAAGAUGCUGACCUAAAAAUAAGGUAA